AAGAUUUCUGUAUUGAAGAUUUCUAACUAAAAUUAUAGUAACGAGUACGAUUACUUUUAUAAGAAAAUUGUGACCAUUAAAAGAGUGAACAACGUUAUACCCUUGUGUUUAAAAUGGAUAUAAAUUCCUUCACAACAAAUUGUAGUAAUCGCCUUAGUAUCCAGAAUUCAUCAAAUGCGGAAAACAAUGGAUUAAAUAUAGUAUCGUUUUCUCAAUGGCCAUCAAUGUAUGACACUUCAAUGUUAACUAAUGAAACUUCUAGGAAUACGUCUACUUCUUAUACUGUAAGCGAUUCGAUAGAAGUUAACAGCUCUGAAGUUUGUUCACGUCCCGUAUCUCUUGAGCAGUUAACUCCAAAAAAGAAAUUUCGUGACUCCUUUGCAGUGCGACUUCGAGAAAAACUGAAAUCACCUGGCGUUUCUUUCAAGCAGCACUCAGGUCCAUUACAUUUAACAGAGCCAGUUAAUGUUGUUAAAGAUCGUUAUCUAAUAAGCUUACAACAAAUAAGUCACUCAAUAAAUCGCUUAAAAAAACAAACCUCUUUUCGUCAGUUGGCCGAUAUCACUUCAAAAAACUUCAAAUGCACUGAUUUGGUCACUGAAGAACAAUUCCGAUGCAAGGUUAUAAACGAACCUCUACGUAAAGUGCAAAUCGCUUACUUGCAGAUACAAAGAGACUCAGAACUAAGUCGUAGCUUUAUAUAUGGACAUCAGUUAAUACGUGAUGUGCAUGACUUAGUCCCAGAGUCCACGUAUCGCACAUAUAUAAUAUUAACAAAAAAAAAUCAGAAGGAUAAAUCGGAAGACUUGCAUACAUAUAUUAGAAAUAAACGGCGUUUAAGUGAAACAGAAGCUCGCUUAUUAUUUCAUCAGAUUUGUCAAACAGUCCUGCUGUGUCAUCGGAACGGGGUUAUUCUGCGUGAUUUGAAGCUUAAGCGAUUUUACUUUAUCGAUGAAGAAAAGACUAAAUUGCAGUAUGAAUCACUUGAAGGGUCAAUGAUUCUUAAUGAUAUUACUAAUGACAGUCUUUGUGACAAAAUUGGUUGCCCUUUAUAUACUGCACCCGAACUUCUUUGCUCAAAUCAAACGUAUAAAGGAAAACCUGCAGAUAUGUGGUCACUUGGUGUUAUUUUAUAUACAAUGUUAUUAGGACAAUAUCCAUUUUAUGAAAACGGUAAUUACAAUUUGAUUACUAUCAUACGGCACUGCAAAGUUCAAUUGCCAAGUUCUUUAUCGAGAACAUUACGUUGGCUACUAGAGACUCUUUUACAUAAAAAUUAUGCUGAACGUCCUACAGCAGAAGAAAUUUUUUUUUCUUCUUGGCUGAAAGAAAUAAAACAUUCGUAUAUGAACGUACCGUUGGAUUUUGACUAUAAACAUCGAUUUCAGAACUAUACAGUUGAUGCACAUAGACCAGGGUGUGAAGAUGUCAACGAAGAAAGGAUAUGAUAAAAAGUGUUCAUAUGUGGAGCAAACAAAUAAAAAAAAUUAAAUUUUUGAGUCGCUAUCAUAGUUUAAGGCAAUACUUUUUACGUAAGCACUAUUGCUUUAAAUAUUGAGGUACAUAUGUAUGUAGUAUAUUUGGGUAUGGAAACAACGUGUAUAGAACAUACUUGUAAAAAAUAUGAAAUAUCAAUUUGUCUACUAAAUCAUUAAUUUUUUGAAAUCAUUAAUUAAUUGAAAAAAGUAGUUAUACUUCAUUCAAAGAGACAGUUAUUUAUUUAGUAAAAUGGCAUUAUAUUCGAUAAUAUGAGACUGGGUUAUUGUUAACCAUGGCACAUAUUAAUGAUUCCAGAUAUUAAAAUGAAAUUUUCAAUAAAUUUUGGUAUAACGUCAGUCUAUUUGCAAAUAUAUUAGUAGCUUUCCGACCCCCGAAACUAGCUUCAAAUGCAGUCAACUUCCCAAUUGAUUUAAAUAGCUAGAAUGACGCAAUUUGAAUGCGGAAUAUUUGACCUUAUGACUGACGUUCAAGGAAGUUCGUGACAAUUCGUACAUUGUUACAGCCAUUCCUAUACAAAAUUAUUAUAUAUUUUUUGUCUUUU